GAAGACGAACUUUCGGAUGGUGCGUUACUAACUAGACACUGACUUAUAUAACCAUAAUUCUUAGUAGAUUAUGAGUCAUUGUUUUGCUAAAUCAAGAAUAUCGAUUUACUUAUUUGUAGUAACAAAUAGUGUGUUGUUCCUGGAGGGAGAAAAGUGAUCAAGAAAGCCUUAAGAUUUUAUGGUUUAGUUAUGUUCAUGUAAUAACCAGCUCUAUUAUGCGGUUGGAAUAUGUAACAUAAAAACUAUCUGCUUCUGGUUCCGAUUCCAAGAUUGUUUUAACCUUAGGUUUGUGUUAUUGAUGAUUGUUGUCUCUUGCUUAAGUGGUUAAAGUGCAUUGUAUGGGCUUGCAUUGUUCGGUCUUUUCCUAUGUUCCCUUUUCCAGCCCUUCUCACUCAUACUAAUCUGCAUGUUCGUGUAGAACCGGAGUUACCUUUUGGAUAGACGCAAGCUGCUACGAAAUGUAAGUUAAUUAGUAUGGCUUUACUAUGCUCUCCGUUAUAGAACUUAGGGAUUCUACAGUUUUAUACGUGAAUUCUCACUACAGCUGGAACAAUAUCCAAUAUAGUCUUGUCGAACUGAUAUAACACCACUGGUUUCUUCAGGUUCUUGUGGUACUAAAGAACAGUUCCAACUGGGACACCUAGGUGUUCGAUAGCAUUCAGUAAGAGGAUUCUAGCCACUCAAAUGUAUCAGUCAUGGUAGACUGAAUAUUCCUUCGGCGGCUUACAUAUUUUAAACAUAAGUCACUGAAUUUGUCCUAGAGCGAUGAAGUUGCUGAGAAUAGUACCUAUUACAUCACCAAGUCGUCGUCUAGUUGUUUGGAUUUAAAAAUAAAGUCGUAGUGAAGUUAAAAAUAAAUAAUGCUAAGUAAUUAAGUACACAAAUAUCUGAAUAUAGCCAACUAGACGAAUAUAAUAAGCAAAAUGAUGGGAUAAGGCAUGUCAAAUAUAAGAGACCAGAAUAUAUUGUGAGGUAUGGUAAAGUUAGAACUAGCGAACACAAUGAUGUCGUGCCUAGUGUACAUAUGUAUUCAACUGCCAUUCCAGACGAAAGAUAACCUACGACUGCGUACGUGGUUCGGAAAGUAUUAACUUGUAGCUUGAUAAUAAGCUUAAGUAAGAAGUACUUUAUCCAGGUGAUCUGGACUUUGAUCAGAUCACCUCUCAGAUUUCGGCGAGACUAUAAUUUAUGGGUGAACCAAUCAGAUAUAAGUUGAUGAUUCACGAAUUUGGUGCGGAAUUCGUUCAUACAUUUGGCUAAACAGAGUUUGGGCAUUAUAGCUGGUGUCAGUUCGUGAUGAAAACCCUAAAUCUAAUUUUAAACCCUAACCAUCAACUAUAAAUGAGAAUUCUAACUGCUUUAUAACCCUCAUUUAGUCCUAAUUAGAAGUUGUUCACUCAAGGUCACUUCAGUGUCGCUAAAAGGUCGUCCAUAGAUUAUAGUCUCACCCCCAUUUUGUUGCACGUCUCCGCACCUGUUCUAAGGGGAUGUUCGUAUCCUCUUUCAGACGACUGGAAGGUCUAUGGUUACGGACUACUACACAAAAUCACACUCAUGUAUCACUCUUAAAGUUGUGAUUUAUCUUCAGCGUUUAAUUUGUCGUUAUAAGUUUAUGUUUAUCUUAGCUUCAUUGUUUUCGACUUGGAGGCUCAUUCAGGACGUUUCGGAAACUAAUACAAAAGCAAAUGAUCUGUCAGUCAAAUUUGACGUAGAGCUUUAAAGAUGUGAACAUUUGAAUCAAAUUCCUAGGGAAAAUCCAAGGAUGCUUUCUUGACUUCUUAGAUUAUUCGUAUCCAAGUCUUCAAGGUUUGUCUUUCAUUUUUACUAUUGAUCUAGUACAGGUUUCAUUUGAGUAGUGAACAUACGUCUUUUGUAGUGUGUUUUGUCUUCACUCCAAUUACCACUCACGUGUCCAUUUGAGUUCAAUUCAAAAAAACCAAAUGGAAUAAAUAAAGACUAGUCAACGGACCAUGAGUUUGUUAAUAUAGCGGCGCUAAUUUAGUGGUCGAAAGUAAUUCCUGUGGUUCUCAAACUCGACUUAGUUUUAGCAUGUACAUGCUUUAGAAAUCCGUGGCUCAGCCGCUAUUCAGGCGGAAGGACAAUGGUUAGGAGUCCUUACUUUGCUCAUUAUUACUCUUCGUUUGUAGUUUCUUACUUAUCGUGGGAGUUAUGUUAUCGUUCUCCCUUUCUCAACUUCUCAUGAUAUGUUUAGACAUUCGCAGCCUAUUAUUAAUUCGAGAAUGAGUAGCGAUGGGUUCCUAAUCUAGUUUUAGCAGUAGUCAGUUGCAAACUAAGUAGCUUUAAAAUAGAUUUUCAGGUUUUAACAGUGAGUAAAACAAUCCCAAUAUUCCGUAGGGUUUGUUUGUUUGUCCAAGAUGAUAACUAACCAAUAUAUCUCAUCCCAGCUUUAGAUUUUCUCACUAGUUGACUUCUAAUUUCUCACCCUAUAGGCUGUCCAGCGAAAGGCUACGCUGGGCUAGAAUGUCAAUAUACCAUUUUUUGGUCGAGUAUUUACUUAUUGUUUUCUCAUGGUUUUCCAAAUUUUCAAAUACAUAGUUCUCAUGUCUGGGAACAUAAAAAUACGCCUUAAGUUUAUAAACAACAUUCUUGAUAAAUUAUACAACCUAAAAUACGCAUUUCAUUGAUAUAGAGAAAGGAUAAAAAUAUUUUUCUUAUAAACUUCCCCCCUGUCCGACUUGUAUUGUUUAAAUAUUGACUUUUAUUAGCACAUUGAUAAACAAAAAUCGAUUCACCAGGUUGUUUCUUUUAUCAGCCUCAUUUGGAGAGUUUUAUCAUGUGUAGUGGGUUUGCAACCCAUAAAACGUUUGGAAAGGUAUAAAGAGCCCUGUCGAUAUUUCUCGAUUAUCACUACUUAAGACUAAUAUCACCCGUAUGCCGAGGGUCGAUUGUACUGUUCAGCAGUUCGCCUUUCAUACUAUUUGACUGAAGUCUAGCAAUUCAGUAUGGGGGUCUAAAAAAUACAGGUAUUUAAUUGUAAUUGUUUUCAAAACACAACUCAUGUGCAGUGAAAGCACGGAGCUUGCAAUGUCGAUGUUAGAAUUAUCAAUGUACAUAUCGAUUAUCGACUAUCUCCAACCACCACCUUACAUAUAGGCUUGACGUCUGUUCUUAUCAUUACAUAAAUAGACGGGAAUAGUUCUAUUAAAAGCUGCACUUCUCUUAAAGCAAAACAAGUGUUACCAAUCUUUGUUCAAUGACCACAGGCACAAGAGUAAAAAUCAACCACUGGUGAAGCUGCAUAGACACAAUUACCCCACAAACCAUCAACGCUAUGCUCGACUGUAGUUUUUCACCUGUCCAUCCGUACCUUUUUUGAUGUGUUCGGAAGGUUUUGCAGUCUUCCUGAUUUCUUUAUACUGUUGAAACGCAAACUCAUCUAAGCUAACUCACUGUUGGAAAUAGUUGUGCUUCUGUCUACCUGUAGGAUUGAAGGCAUUUUGUAAUCCUUUUUUCAAAGAUGACUAAACAGCAACUUAAAAACGUAUAUCUGAGUUAUCAACCCGCAUUGACUAAGUUGGUUGGUAUGAUUUUGCUCAUCUACAUUUGUGGUUUGAUUCGGUCCACCAUGAUAUUUAGUAUGAAGUCUACAAUUAUUUAAGAAUCUACUUCUAAAUUAAGCACUAUAUAUAUCUCAGGCCCAUCAUCGUUUGAUGGUUAAGGAGGCUAGUAAUAUGGACUUAAACGAUCUAGAAUUAUAUAAAAUGUUGAAGACGCCGAGAUCUACUAAGUUAUUUGAACAAAUUUGUUCUAAUCUAUUAGGUCGUUUUGCUUACUGUAAAAGGUUCAGGGAAUCCUAAAUUAUCAGUACUAGUGAGUGGUAUAUCUUCAAAUAAUUACUGAUGAUUCUGGUAAUGGCGACACAAAAAAACAUGGAUUCAACAUCUGAUCUUCCAUUUUGCUUAUAUUUCAAUACAAGUACAACCUGGUAGCAAAUUUCCAUGGCACCGAUAUCACCACUUCAAUAAAAAUCUCGUCAAUAACUUAUCAGCUAUCAAAAUUGUCGUUAAACAUAAUCAACCAUAUGUUUAAUUUCGAGGGGAGAUCCUCACAUAUAAGUGUAUUGCUACAAUACUUUAGAUGUAUUAUUUAUGAAUCCUGUGUUUUUCUGCUCAUUAACGACAUCUUAACGAGUGUUUGAUGUAUUUUCCAUAGGAUAAUUAUUGUUGUUGGAUUUUAUACAAAUGGCUCUUAUAAUGUAUUGUUUCUGUAGCUUUGAAAUGGCGUACAGAGAAGUUCUCCAUUCUUCUUCUGAAGAUGAAUCUAGCAGCAAUGAUGACAUUUGUUGGAAACGAAGAAAAUCAGAUAUUCGAGCCUCACCAAUGAAAGAGGAUUUCAGUGUAAAUAUCCCAAAGAAACCAUAUAGAAAAAAUCGCAACUGUGUUUGGGUAAAUGUUAUCAACGAAUACAAAUUGGAUGAUGCUUUGUCAGUAGCUCAUGUUCAUGAAAAAUGUGACUCUAGCAGGGGUGUUGAAAGCUAUUUGGUUAAUACAGAUACUGAUGAUGAACGGAAGACUAUUGAAGUAUGCACGCAACCAGAGUUGUCUACUAGAAUAUUAAAAAAAUCAGAUCUCUCUAUCAAGCAACGGCUUGGACCACUUCUAUGGGACCAGGAAGUAUCUAGAUCACAUAUUGAUGUUACUUUCGACAGUCCACCCGAUCUUGUCGCUGAAACUAUCACUAAUCUACUAAAAGAACCGAACGAGGAUUUAAUAAAGCGAACUGUUGAUAUUUUGGGUGUUCAGAGAGCUCUCGAAUUUUACUACCUUACGGAAGAUAUCGAGAACAAUGGUGGUCUCUACUUAAUGGAUGGGUCUCGAAGACGAUCACCUGGUGGUGUUUAUCUUAAUCUAAUCAAACAUUCCUAUUCAGUAAAGAAAGAAGAAAAGAAGUUGAUAUUUCUAAUUGAUAGACAAAUGAAGGAUAAGUUGAAAAGUUUAAGAUAUUCUUCGAGUCUAUAACAGGUAUUUUAUAAAGCUGGAGAUUUGUUGAAGUAUAUUCAUCUCACAAUUUUGAGUGAAAAUCAUCUGAUUUCAAUAUGUUUCACAACAGUUAAAUCUAUAAUAGUUCCCUAAAACUCAGGUAACCUGGCUUUAGAUAGUAGAAAAUUUAUCAAUUCAUCAAACACUCUACAGUUAUAAAAUAUGUAUUUUUGACAUUAAUCGGGAGCUCAAAGUGAAGUUGUGCUGCUGGGUAUGUUUGCGUGAAUUGGUUUUAACAUGACUGCAGAAACAAUAUCUCUUUUAGAAGGAAAGAUGAGUGAGACUAUAAUUCAUGGACGACCUUCGAGCGAUGCUGAAGUGACCCUGAGAAUGGACACCUACUUAUUAGGACUAAAUGAGGGUUAUAAACCAGUUAGAAUCAUGAUUUACGGUUGAUGGUUAGGCUUAAAAUUUAGAUUUAUGGUUUUCAUCACAAAGUGACAUCAGCUAUAAUGCUAAAACUCUAUUUAGCUAAAUUUGUGUGAAUUUCACGCCACAAUUCAAAGCUCGUUAUCUUAUAUCUGAUUGGUUCGUCCAUAAACUAUAGUCUCGCCGAAAGAUGUGGCCAGGGUCUACACUUAAUGCCACAUUUUAUUCGAGUCAUAAUAGAAAAGAGUACAGUAGAGGAUGAAUUAGCUUUCUAUUUGCGUCUUCUAGCCAGACAUUGAUGUAGUGGGACCCCGACAACCCAUAAGUCUUAAUGUCUUGGCUGUUUUUCAUUUGGUAAAUAAAAUAUCACCGAUCCUACAGGGGAUAUAGGCGGACUAAUCAAUAAUCGUACUGGAGUAGAAAACUAUCCCCAUGAAUAAUGACUCGAUCACACGAACCCUAGUGUAUUUUGAGAACCUUUUCUUCUUGUUUUUAUAAAAGUAAGGUGACAAAAUCUCUUGACAUCAGUUGUCAUUAUCGAGUGUCUGCUCGUACCAACGGACAAGAAGUUCCCCUAACAAUCGUGGGGCUCUCUAACCACAGUGGGACCUAUCUCUUCUGUUUUUCUCAUCUCUGUCAGAACAUUGUUCAAUCCCUUCCGUUUCCUCAGCUCUUGAUUUCCAGAAUAGUCUAUUUAUUCUCCUAAAAUUUUCCUAUUAAUUUCAUAAUCAUACAGUUAGAGAAAUCUUAUUGUAGUUAGGGUGUUAGUUCUUGAGGUAUGUGAUUUAUUUUCUCUUUGUUUAUUCUCUUUCAUUGUGAUUGUAAUGGAUGGCCCAUUGUUCUAUAUUCGUUAAUGGUUUAAUUAACUAACCAUACAGCAAGUUAGUUGCCAUAUCAUGUAGACACACUUUAUGUUUUAAACACUUCACUAAAAAACAACUACCAUAGUAAUAUUUUUUGUCUUAUGGGCCUUUUAUGUUCAAAAUUCUUAUUAAUCCUUUAUUUAAUUAACCUAGGGAAAUAUUACCGUUUCACGUACACUAUAUUUUAGUUUUCACGAUAGGCUGAUAGCCUGAGGAUUUCGACUGACUUAACACUAAAAAAUCCUUGAAUUUCAUCCUUUUAGAUGAUGAUAAUCAGUUUUGUUUUUGGGUUAAUGUGUAAUUCUGUAUUUACUUAUAAACUUAAAGAGUAAAUACACGUGUUCGCUUCCUGUGAGUGACGAAUUAUUGUUUUUUGUAGAGCUCGCAGGAAUUCUCGUCGUGUAAGGAAAUAUGAAGAGUCAGACAUUGUAUGCGAACUUCCAAGCAAUCCAGCGAAAUCAGUCGAAUCCGAUUGUCCUUCUCCUUUAGAUAUUCACAGUUCUCAAGAACCAGUUAUUUUGGAAGGUGAAAUUUCACAACCUGCUUCUCCUGUAAUUACAAUGGAUACAACGUGUGCAAGUCCGUGUGAAAAAUCACCCGAAGAUAAUGAAAGUAUGGAAGAAGGUGAAUUGCCUCCUAGUGAUGACGAUAUCUAAAUCUUUGUAUAAAAUCCUUUCCCUCUGAUGCUAUUCCAGUUUUGAAAUAAAUAAUAUACAGUAUUAAAAUAAGUUAAAAAUUCAUGAAUUUUUA